AGUGAAGGCUGCUGGGAUAGAAUUCUUCUGCUGUAGAGUCCUUGACAGCAGUUAAAACACUGACAGCUCAGAUUCCAAAAUAGUCGCCAAAAUGGCAACAACACAGAGUGAGCAGAUGAAAGCCAUUGUCCAGCAGCUGAACAAGGAGCCUUUCAACAAAAAUUACAACCUCAUAUCUUUUGACUCUCUUGAGCCUCUCCAGCUGCUGCAGAUUCUCAAUGAUGUGCUUGCAGUCAUAGACCCAAAGCAAAAGAUUGAUAUCAGAGAGGAAAGCCCUGACCAGACUGCUGUGAGGGUGUUUAAUUUGCUUCGAGUGUUGAAAUAUAAGCCACCAGACUCAGUUAACUUGAGUCAGUUUCGAGCAGGCUUAGUACAGGCAGAGAAGCCUAUUAUCUAUCCAAUCUUGGAAUGGCUGCUGCCCAGGGUACCUGAACUGCAGAAGCGAGCCUACCUGGCCAAAUACCUGCUGAAGAUUGAUGUACCUGCUGAAAUAAUGCAAGAUGAGGAAGUCAGUGGGAUCUAUUUACAGUAUGAGGAGAUGAUGGACCAGUUUAAGGAUGUUCACAAGCAGGCCUCGCAACUUCACAACUCUGGUUUCAACACUACUGAGAUCCGCAAAGAUAUUGCCAACAUGGAGGAGGAAAAAGAGCAGCUAAUAAAGAGAAUUGAAAGGCUGCGCAGAAAGGUGGAGUCUCAUCCAAACUCCCAAGUGAUGAUGAAUGUUGCCAAGAACCUGAGGGUGGAACGAGACCGAGAGAAAAAAAUUGCUUCUCAGAAGCAGGAGCAAUUAACUAUUGUACAACAUUUAGAGCAAAGGAUCAAGCGCAUGGAAAAUCAGUUGAGGGAUAUGCGGCAGGCCAGUGUGGGUGCCACUCCAGAAACUAUGAUAGAGAGGCUGGAGGAAGAGACACGGGCCAGUGGCUACAUGGUAAAGGACCAGCUGCCAAAGGACUUAGCAUCGCGCCGCAAGAUGAUUCAAGACCUACAAAAGGUUGUUGCUAUACCAGCUAUGGGGCAGUCAGAUUUGGAUGAACUAAACAACCAGAUCAACAUUCUUAAUGCUGAGAUAAACCAGCUUAUUGAGCAAAGAAUGCGCAGUGGUGAACCCACAGAUGACAAGCUGUCCAUCUUCAGACAACAGGCAAGUAUUAUUUCACACAAAAAGGAUGCUGCAGCAGCAGCACUGCGGGAGGUUCGCGAUGAGCUCAAUAAGACGCAGCAGGAGUUGGAGCAGAAACGAGAAAUUGUGUCAAAUGUGGAGGGCACUGAAGUGCUGAAAGGCGAAGACUUUAAGCGCUAUGUUAAUACGCUGCGCAGCAAGAGUACAGUUUACAAGAAAAAGCGCUCAGAGCUGGCCGAGCUGAGGGCUGAGAGCGGUGUGUUGUCACGCACAGAGGACAUUCUCAGGCAGCGUAACGAGCUAAUCAACAAACAGCUGGGCAUUGUGGAGACAAAAGCUGGGGUGUCAGGGUACCGCCAGACCCAGGAGAACUUGGAAAAAGUUUCAACCAUGAAGAGUGAAUUUGACGAAGUUAAAGGUCGCACGCUUGAAGACAUGUCAGAAAUGGUUCGACGACUGCAUGGUGAGAUUGCAGAACGACGCAACACUUUGGCUCCCAUUCUGCGAGAACUUCGACCAUUGCGGGAGAGUGUGCAGCGCCUUGAGCCAGAGCAUGACAGCAAGAAGCAAGUGUAUGAGCGCACAGCGGCUGGCUUGGAGAGCAACAUGAGUAAACUGGAGCAGGAAGUGAAGGCUUACAUGGAGGAGUGUCGGGCUGAGGAGCACCGAUAUCACUACCUGCACUGCAUGAUGGGAGUUCUGCAGCAACAACAGGAGAGGGUGGAGGAAGAGAUUAAGGCAUACAUCAGUCACGACCUGGCAGACAAGAAGAAGACACUGAGGGAGAUGUACAAUCGGAAAAUCCAAGAACAGGAGAACCUGGGUCGAAAUCUUCGUGAACGCCAAAAAACUGUGCGUGAGAAUCAUGAACCCAACAUGAAGCAGAUGAAAAUGUGGCGUGACCUGGAACGUCUGCUGCAGUGUAAGUUCAACUGUCUAGAACAACUCACCUCCAUUGGAUCCUCAGUAACAGGCGGGCGGCCGGUGCAGAUUGGAGGGGGAGGGUACGGAGAAGCUCCACCUACCCACUUGGAGGAGGAUCGACUGGUGUUGUAAAGCUCUGUGAUUUCAAAUAAUCACCUAAAAGUCUCUCUUGUUUUUCUUCAAAGUUAAUAUUCAUGUGUUUUUAAAAGUGACAGUCUUUAAGUUAUAUUAACAUAUGUAAUAGUCCACAAUGUGUUGACUUGCUAUUGACGCCAGUUAAAAGGCUGCUGCGCGAACCACAGGAGAUGUUGUCCACUGGGAUGUUGUCAGCGAAACAGUAGGCAAUACAAGGAGGCUACUAAACAUUUUAAUUCUUGGAUUUUUGUCGAGUUUUUUUUUUUUCUUAGACCAUGUGACUGUUGCACAAUACUUCUCUACUUGUUUGCAGCCCACCGUCCAUAUCAGAUGUCGAUUUACAAUAAAAGACACUCUAGAUAA